UUUUGACGCUGGGGAGGAUUUCCUCUGUAACGGGCUGAACAAGGGGAGGAGCUGGGUAAACUGCAACCAGAGGAAGCCGGUCUGUACUAUAACAACCCUGUCUGUAGUGGAGGACUGUCAGUUGUUGUUUUUGGUGGUGAGGAGUCGGUGAAGGGAGACUCAUGCGCAAAAAUGCAAAUUAUUCUCCCUUUGCUGUGUGUUCUGUGCGCCACACCGGUCCACGGCAUUUUUGACGGAACCUGUCCCAGAAAAGACCCUCCCCCUGGUGCGUUGGUUUUAUCCCCUGGCAGUUCGUUGGUUUUGACCUGCAGUGGUCAUGUGGAGGUGGAUGGAGUAAAGGUCAGCAUUGCCAGACAAGGCUCAAACACCAAUAGAAGAGGGAGUUCUUCUGAUCCAACCCCAACAACCACUGUAAACAUUAGAAGCAACACUGAAGUUUCAAUGGAAAGUGCCACAGCUACAGGAUACACAGCUUCUCCCACCACUCCCACGGUCUGGCAAACCAGUGGGAGCAGACUGCUAAAGAAUGAAUCCGACUGGGAGGCUAAGAAAUCAGAUGGCGAGAGCGAUUACGAGGGAGGAGGAGGAGGGGAGGAAGGGAGGAGGAGCAGAAAGUCAAGGCCACAGUGGAAGUGGAACAAUAGGACGGUGGGGAAAGGAGACAGAGACUGGGGAGAAAUCACAUUUGAGAGAAGAAGUGCGUCACUGUCUCUGUCCUCAGAGACUGACUCAGGGAGGUACAGUUGUUAUCACAGAGGCAGAGAGAGGUUCUCCUUAAAAGUAAAUGUUGCAGAUCCUCCAGAGAAUCCCAGCCUGUCCUGCUACAAAAGGUCACCCAUCAGUAAGAUCCGCUGUGAGUGGGCACCCCAGAAGCCCGUCACUAUAAGACCUAACUGUUACCUCUUUCUCAGUAAAAGCCUGGCAGAGGGUUUCCAUCGUUCACAGUGCUCAUACUCAUCUUGGCGCUCCCGCUGUUGGUGUGCUCUGGGACACAAUUUGUUCGAGCAGAGAACCCCUCACAUGGCCUACCUGUGUGUUACGAGCAUCGCUGGCAACGCCACCAGCGCCCUGCUGCACUUCAUGCCUAUGGACAUUUUAAAGCCAGACCCUCCAUCAAAUGUGUCAGUUCGACAGGAGGAGGGACAGGAGAUGAGGGUGAAAGUCAGCUGGAAAUUGCCGAUCUCCUGGUUGCCUCAUGAUCACUAUUAUAAACUAAUCUACGAGAUUAAAUACCAACCUCUCAAGUCCUCCAUUUGGCAGAUAUAUAGGAUUGAGGACCCGCAGCGCUCCUACACGAUCACUGAUGCAAUGCCUGGUGUUGAGUACCUGAUACAGCUCAGAACUAGAGAAGAGUAUGAUGGUCAGUGGAGUGACUGGAGUACACCUGCCACCAGAUGGACAGGGGCAGGCCGCCAGAAAAGUCUUAUGGUUUUAGAGACCUGAAAGGGAUUAAUUACGUGGACCUGUAAAUCAUUGAAAUUGAUCACCUCGGUAUUACGUGAUCCACCUUGGACACAGACAAAAGUAGUCAUGACAACCUGAAGAGGAAAGCCACCUGUUUCCUUUCCACACAAUUAAGGUUUUCAAUAAACAAUUCCAA